AUGUCCAGCUCUGCGCCCUCAACCGCCACCGUACUCGAGUUCCGGUGUCUCUUCACACAUGACCUCCGCCGCAAGCAGAAGCGAUGGCAAGAUGGCCGCCUCAAAUACCACUCCUUCAAUGCCCGUGUCAUGGUCUAUGAUGAGCGUGGGAACUCCGUCGGAGACAUGCACUGGCAUGGUGACUACGACUUUGGCGAGGGCGAGGAAGUUCAACUCGAGCGUGGCGGCGUCAUCGUACAAGUUGAAGAACUUGUCGAGCGUAGGGAGACCGACUUAUCUGAGCUUGUUGAUAAAAGGCUUCAGGAGAAGCAGCAGCGCCAGUUACAGCAGCUAGCCCGGUCCGCGGCUCCCAGUGCAAUGCUGCCGCGGUCCCUGCCUCGCCCUGCUGCUAUUGCCCCAGACCGUGUUCCACCACGACAUCGACCGCUUCACCAUGUUAUCGGGACCCCGACUGGCCACCAUGGAAAGGCUCUGGUUCCCAAGGAGUCACCCUUCGAGCAGAGGCAGCAAGCUGCUGAAUCCCCAGAUGAUCGAGCUGCCAAGAGGAGGAGAUUCGACGAUCCUCCCCCGAGCAAAAGCGGAUAUGCAACAGCACUAUUUGGGCAGUCCUUGACCCUCAGUGCCACGCCUACAAGUUCUCUGACUGCCAUCCGUAGAACCCGGCCUGAACCAAGCUCAGACCCACCAGUCGAGUCCGAUACGCAAGGUUCUCGAGAAAACCCACAACCGGUCCGGCGAGAACGGAUGCAACCGUCUCGGCGCCUCAACCAGAGUGGCUACGCUCAGUCUCUCUUUGGACAAACCUUGACUCUGAGCCAUGCCCCAGUGAGCUCAGUACCACCGACGCCCCAGUCGCGGAAUAACCCAGCUUCGAGUCCAACGUUGAAUGAAGCCAGGGAAGAUCCGCAAGAGACGAACCGACCAUCAACGCAGGAACGACCCAUAUUGUCUCGCCAUCUCAAUCAGCUUGGUGACAAGCCUCGGUCCGCUUUGCUAAGCAAACAAGACAGCAUGAAUGAUAGGCGAGCAAAGGGCAGCGCUAGACCUAAGGCUCCCGAGGAAAACGUCAGCUUGUCUCGACGGCAUCAAGCAGAACCCAUAGCACAAAUGCUCCCAGCGGAUGUAGAUGUUAUCGAGAUAGAUGAUCCGGAUCCGAUUGCGUCCCCGCCUAUUCGGCCACCAAGAGCAGAGAAGCGCAUUUCAACGGCCUUGCAAAAUCAAAAUGAUGUUGGGCUUCCAACGGUCGCGGCGGAGCGAGGGUCUAUGCAUCACAAAGACCUGAUUCGCCCAAAGAAGCGGCAAAAUUUGGAAGAUGAUCGUGGAACCAAACCUGGGAGAAAGAAGGGCCACGAGAAGACCAAGACAGCGGAAACAUCUGCAUCCAGAGAUCGUCCGAGUAAUGCGAACCCUGAGCGUACAGAUUCCGCAACGCAUCAGAAAGCUGCGCGUGCCCCUGAUUUGACAAGAAAAUCGGAAAUGCCCGUCACAGAGCUCCGGAUCAAGUCUAGCAGGAAACGGGGUCUUCUUAUGAUAUCGGACGCACCGAAGACGAAAAAGCCCCGUCGGCAGGCAGAAAAGAGUUCAAAAUGUCACUCGAGGGAUAUGGAUGACGACGACCCUUUCCGAUCCCCAUCACCUCAAUCAGCGGGCAGUAAUGGGAAAGUUCGCGCUGUUGGUAAAUCGGCAGAACCAGGUGAGCUCGAAGAGGGUUCUCUGCAGCGCAAAAUCUCGACUGAACUUGGUGAAGAUGAUGAUCCCUUCCGAUCGACAUCUCCUGCAGACCAGGUGAACACUACUGUCCAGGAUAUGUCCCAUGCUGGCUCCGAAAACAAUGUAGGGAAAGAGCUUGCUAGUGCCCAUCAAUUUCCGAAUCAUCCUGAAUCGCCACCAAAGGCGAGAUAUGAUCCCUAUCGAAUUCCAUCUUCUCCGGUGGAACGAGAGCCAUCUCCGCGGGCGUCAAGUCCUGCGACUAAAUCACCCGCGGCCAACAACGGACUUGGGCGUGGCAUUGGUGAUGGAAUUCUCGCGCCCAUCGACAAAAACAAAAGGCUGGGCAAGAUCAAGCAACAGAGGCAUGCCCGAAGGAAAGUCGUUUCUUCAGACGAUGAUGAUGAAUACGAUGCUGAGCCGCCGCUUUCAAUACCCAAGCAGACCGAGUCUAGGCCUAGUGUUGAACAGUCAGUUGGCCCCAGGCUCAACGGGGUAGCUCCCAAGAAACAGCUGAAGCCAAGGAAAGCCACAGACAGGAAGGGCGAUGCUGAAGAGGAGGUUUUCAAUGUCGAAUCAGAUGAUGAUCAGCCCAAGAUAGCACGGAAAACCAGAGGUCAAGACAAUCAGACGAGUGUCGAGUCAGAAGAGGAUGGACAGCCUACAAGGCGUCGCAAAUCAAUGAGACAAAGACAGACGCGAUCCGCGGCAUAUGAAGAGCCCUCACCUCUGCCAAGCGAGCAAGAUGGCUCCGAGGAAGAAGUCCCAAGAAACCGGCACAAGGCGAAGACUUCUAAAGUAUCAGAGGAUCGUCCACGUCUAGAGAAGAUCAAAAAGAAUGUCAAGAGCAGAGAGCUUAUUGGGUUCAAUCUCGCAGCGCUGAAUGCCCCUCUCGGCCUUAGGGGGAUCGGGAUGCCGUUCAGCAUUCUAUCUUCGCCGGUCACUGAGUCCAUCCAGAGACGGGUCUCGAAUCAUCCUACAGUGGAUGAGGCUCUGCAUCGUGCGGCGAGCGAGUGUGGUAAUAUCCAGAUGUCACCACCAAGUCCCAACUUUCCUGCACCACCUCUCGAAACGAACGCUAAGGGAAAGCGGACGUGGCCAGCAGAGGAAACACCGGAUCAUGUCACACUUGCUCCCUCCGAACUCCAUCAUGUCCAGGAUCGACCCAGAAACCCAAAAUGGACAGAAAAUCGCGCUUCUGGAAAAUCAGAUGAAUCAGCGGUCAACCCACGUAGCCCUCUACCAGUGGACAACGAUCAAAUUCCUGACACAGCUGCUCCGUCAUCGAAAGAGAUGACAUCUCGCGAGCAACCCGCUGCCAUCAAAUCGAGGCUGACAGCACAACGGCAACGCGCUACGGCCCCGAUCCCACAGGACAACACAGCUGAGGUUCCUGCCGAGCGCACACUGCCAAGCCUGGAUCAGCCUAUGCAAAACCACCCUUCAACAAUUCGGAUGCAAUCCUCUCCAGGUGUGAAGGGCGGCACGUCUAACAGCACAACAUCAGGCGUCAGUACGAAGUCAACGACGGUUUCUCAGCCGUCGCUUGUGCCUGCUACCAAGCUAACAACUCCGACUGGGCGUCCUCUGCAAGAGAGAUCUCAUGCAGUAAAGCAACACUCGUCGUUGACUGGCCAGGCGAUAAGUGACAAGACGGAAGCACAGAUUGAGAAGCCUGAUCCAGCGAAGAGUAUGCCUGCUGAUCUGCCUGCUGAUACCACAGCCAAACCACAGCCGGAUACGUCUGUCGACCAGCAGAAGCCUGGUAUUCGAAGGCAGCCAUCAAUAGUUGAGCCUGCUCAUGCUCAGGUUGUUCUGACGAAGGACACAUCAAACGGGGCUGAAGGCGAUCACAGUAUCUCAGAACACGCUUCCGCCACCUCAUCACCGUCAGACAGCUCCAUACCAGCCCUGAACCGCCAGGCUUCGGCCACUGGAGAUCAACCCACUUUGCCCGUUGCAACGACAGUUGGGAGACUAGACUCCGAUGCAGCACCCGCUCGCCCCAUCCAGCAGCCAAAGGCUAUCGGUCUCCGUCGGCAAACCUCAGCUCCACGGCGCAUCAACAACCUUGCAGUGAAGCUCCCGCUCCAAGCAGGAGCAAUUGAAGCUUCGUCAACGGACGCACACCCAAAGACUGCCUCUAACGCGCGCAUAGCCAACCCAGCAUCUCGGGGCCGCAAAGCAGCGCUCGCAUCAGAUGCAGCGGGAAAAGUGCCGCAACGCAUGCUCCCACCCACACAGCCUAUGAUGAUGCUUCCGAUUUCUACAGCGGACCUGGCCAUGACGCCAAUCGAGCAGCCUCCCAAGGAGCCUGAGAGACCAAAGAAGAAGAUGACGUUCCCUGGGUUUCAGUCUGCUAAGAGUGACGGACCUUGGAGUAGAGAGGCCUUUGAUCUACUUGAGAGUGGCAGGCCUGAGUGA